AUGCGCACUCCAGCACCCUGUAUGGAUCCACAGUUGUUCCCAGGCCACCGAGGAGACCAGACCAUGUUUCGUAUCAACAUGGGUGUAUUGGCGCUGGUGCUCUUGGCCUGUCUGGGUUCUAGCCACGCCUGGGGUGGACUCUUCAACCGUUUCAGCUCUGACAUGCUCGCUAACUUGGGGUACGGCCGGUCACCAUACCGGCACUAUCCUUAUGGACAGGUGGAGCCAGAGGAGAUCUACGCGGAGGCCCUAGAAGGGAACCGUAUAGAAGACGCAGAGGAAACCCACUGCUACAGCUCCCCUUGUAUCAGCAACGGGGACUGUUGUCGGGGACUGAUGUGCUUGGAAACUGAGGAUGGCGGUCGAUGUCUUCCUGCAUUUUCCGGAAGAAAACUUGGCGAGAUCUGCAAUAGAGAGAAUCAAUGCGACGCGGGUUUAGUUUGCGAGGAAGUUGUACCAGGCGAAAUGCACGUGUGUCGCCUCCCGACUGCCGGCCGCAAGCAAUACAAUGAGGACUGCGCCACGUCAAGCGAAUGUGACAUCACCAGGGGCCUCUGCUGCGUCAUGCAACGCCGUCACAGGCAGAAACCGCGCAAGAGCUGUGGCUACUUCAAGGAGGCUUUGGUCUGCAUAGGACCAGUGGCUACGGACCAGAUUCGCGAAAUCGUCCAACACACGGCCGGUGAGAAACGCACAGGCGUCUACCGUAUGCACUAA